AUGGAUCUCAAUGACACAGUGCUGAUACGUGAGGUCAUCAUCUACUUCAGAACUGACUACAAACCAAGAAGGAAUGGUAUCCAGAUGUACGUAACGAACUCCACUGAUGUACCCAGUGGUGACAACUGCUACAACGUGACAGGAGGAAGCGAUGGAAGUGGCAUUGCUGACGUCACACGGGCACCUUGCUCUAGUAUGGGGCGCUACAUUUUACUUUACACAACAGUGACAAUUGAUGGCGACAGUCAGCCUAUACUUGACUUUUGUGAGGUAGAAGUUGAUGUGUGCAGUGGUGGUACUUUCGGCGCUGACUGUGACAACUACUGCCACUGUGACGGUGAGGUGUGCAACUACGUCAGAGGCAUCUGUCCCAGUGGAAUCUGUGUGUCAGGCUGGGGGGGCAGCAGUUGCAACAACACAUGUCCAAUGGGAGAAUACGGACGACGCUGCUCAAAGCGAUGCACAGACAGAAUGUGUAAGGACAACACCUCCAGCUGUAACCAUGCAACUGGUGAAUGUUCAGAUGGAUGUCUGGCAGGCUACCAAACACCGGACUGCACACAGGGGAGGUAA